GGGGGGGCGUCGGGAGAAGAGAAGAAGCGCCCCGCGCACCCAGAAGGGAGGAAAAAAAAAAGAAAGAAAGAAAGCAAGCCGAGAAAUGUGAGAUGGUGCCUGGCUCCUUCUCGCCCAUCCGGCGUUAAGAGAGGACCGCGGCGUCCCAUCCGAAGGAGAGGAGGGCGGCUUUUGGGGGAGGGCUGUUUUUUUGAAAACACCCCCCCUCCCCACCGCACCCCCGUCUCCCUUGCGCUUGGAAAAGAGCCCCGAGAAAGAAGCCGCCCUUCCCCAAACCCCCCCCUCCCAACCACCCAUCACCCCAGGCUGGAAUUGGGGCGCCUUUCCCGCGGGGCCCCCCAGGCAAAAGGAAAGAUUCGGCGCCGCAGGAACCAGGGACGCGGGGGGGCCGCCGCCGCCGCCGCCGGCAAGCCGCCGAAGAUGGAGACGGUCCCUCGGAGCGGUUUCCAGCCUCACCCGGGGCUGCAGAAAACCCUGGAGCAGUUUCAUCUCAGCUCCAUGAGCUCUUUGGGCGGCCCGGCUGCCUUCUCGGCUCGGUGGGCUCAGGAGCUUUACAAGCGGGAGAGCGCCAAGGAAGCGGCGGCGGCGGCGGUGGCCGUGUCUUCGUCGUCCUCCUCUUCUUCCUCGGCCGCCGCCGUGGCCCCCGAGCCGCCUCUGCCGCCGCUGCCUCCCAUCCCUCCUCCGCCGCCUCCGGUGAUGCCGGGCCCUUUCUUCAUGCCGUCGGACCGCUCGACGGAGCGCUGCGAGACGGUCCUGGAAGGGGAGACCAUCUCCUGCUUCGUGGUGGGCGGCGAGAAGCGGCUCUGCCUGCCCCAGAUCCUCAACUCCGUCCUGCGCGACUUCUCCCUCCAGCAGAUCAACGCCGUCUGCGACGAGCUGCACGUCUACUGCUCCCGCUGCACCGCCGACCAGCUGGAGAUCCUCAAAGUCAUGGGCAUCCUGCCUUUCUCGGCGCCCUCCUGCGGUCUCAUCACCAAGACCGACGCCGAACGGCUCUGCAACGCCUUACUCUACGGGGGAGCCUUCCCGCCGGGCCGCUGCAAGAAAGACCUUUCCGGCGCCGGCAGCGCUUUGGAGCUCGAACUGGAGCUGACCGAGCGGAGCUUCAAAAUCUACCACGAGUGCUUUGGCAAAUGCAAAGGCCUGCUGGUGCCCGAGCUCUACAGCAGCCCCGGCGCCCCUUGCAUCCAGUGCCUCGACUGCCGGCUCAUGUACCCGCCGCAUAAGUUUGUCAUCCAUUCCCACAAAGCCCUGGAGAACCGAACUUGCCAUUGGGGCUUCGACUCGGCUAACUGGCGAGCCUACAUCCUCCUCAGCCAGGAUUAUGGCAGCAAGGAAGAGAAAGCCAGGCUGAGCCAGUGCCUGGACGAGAUGAAGGAGAAGUUUGACUACAGCCAUCGGUACAAGAGGAAGGCGCCCAGGGUCCUGUCCGAUCCUCCUGUCCCCAAGAAACCCAAAACAGACGAUGCCCUGCAGUCUCCCUUACUUGGGGACAAAGAGAAGCAGUCCAGCUGGCUACGAUCCUUGUCAAAUUCAUCCAGUAAGAAUAUUGGGUGUCUCCAUCCCCGGCAACGUCUUUCUGCAUUCCGGCCCUGGUCCCCCGCCGUUUCAGCCAGCGAGAAAGACGUCACCAACCACAUCCCUACGUUGAUCAGAGACAGUUUCUAUUCGUAUAAAAGUUUUGAGAACUCCGUCGCGCCCAAUGUGGCGCUGGCCCCCCCUCCUCAGCCAAAGAUCGUAAGCAACCCACUGUGCCCCCCGGCUGCCUUGCGGAACGCCGAGCCCCUCAGCAGCCCUCCCCAGCUCCGGAAAAGGAAACACGUCGUCGCCGAACACCCAGCUGUUCCCGAACCGACACCCACUGUUGCUGCUGUGCCCGCUGUCGCUGCUCCCGCCCCUGCCAUGGAAGAAGAGAAAGAAUCCGAAGCCGAGAUAGAAGUGGAAACGAGAGAAGAAUUCACUUCUUCCCUGUCCUCGCUCUCAUCCCCGUCCUUCACCUCUUCGAGUUCAGCCAAGGAUAUGAAUUCCCCCAGCCUGCAAGUCCAGCCCGCCGGCGGCAACGCCGUCUUUGAAGUGUCAAGUCACGCCGAGUCUCAGAACGGGUCCAACGGGCUGGAAGCCGAGCUGGAGCAUCUGAGGCAGGCCUUGGAUGGCGGUCUGGACACGAAAGAAGCCAAAGAGAAAUUCCUCCACGAGGUGGUGAAGAUGAGGGUGAAGCAGGAGGAGAAACUCAACGCCGCCUUGCAGGCCAAGCGCAGUCUCCACCAGGAGCUGGAGUUCCUCCGCGUGGCCAAGAAGGAGAAGUUGAGGGAGGCGACGGAAGCCAAGCGCAACCUGAGGAAGGAGAUUGAACGCCUCCGGGCGGAGAACGAGAAGAAAAUGAAAGAGGCCAACGAGUCUCGGAUACGGCUCAAGCGGGAACUGGAGCAGGCCCGACAGGUCCGGGUAUGCGACAAGGGCUGCGAGGCCGGCCGUCUACGAGCCAAAUACUCAGCCCAGAUCGAAGAUCUGCAGGUGAAGCUCCAGCACGCAGAGGCGGACCGAGAACAGCUGCGCGCCGACCUCUUGCACGAGCGCGAAGCGCGCGAGAACUUGGAAAAAGCCGUCAAGGAACUGCAAGAGCAACUCUGGUCAAAGCAUAACGAUCUGCCCAACAGUGCGCACACCCCAAAAGACCCUGAGAACUGAAACCCGACCCGCCCGCCCAAGACCGGUGGAAUCCUGCCUGUGUGGCCCGAGGGCCGAUCCGUGCAUAGUAAGGAAGACUGCGUGGAAGAGGCGUUUCCCCAAUCCCUGCAUGUGGCUAAACCAUGGAUCUGGUUCUUCAAUCGGAGGGCAAAAGAUGUUACUCUUUAUAACGAAAAGCACUGAAUUCUGCCUCUUUUUUUAAAAAAAAUCCGUAUAGCACAACAUUUUCCUGUGCCUAUAACGUGAAAAGUGUUUAUAAAUCUUACUCUUUUGAGUCCGCAGCAAAAAAAAAAAAAAAAAAUGGGAAAAAAAAUUUAAAAAUGUAUUUUUCUUUUCUACUGGGGGGGGGGGGGAGAAAAACUUAUCCGGGCAGCAGCAUUUGUGGAAAUAAGGGACAAACUUUGAGGGCUGCUACAAAUAUAUAUAUAUAUAAAUAUAAAUAUAUGUAUGUGUGUGUCUGUGUAUCCACACACCCACAUACGUAAACACACAAACCCCAAUGAGCCCUUUUGUUAUAAGCUAUUUCAAAAUGCAAACCAUUUAAGUCAAGACGACGUAUUAAAAUCAUUGACAAGAUUUUUUUUAAAAAAAUAAAAUAUAUUAUAUAUGAAUGCUGGGGCCAGGGGUGGGAUCUUUUUGAUGCCUAACGUGUAAAUUGGUACAGGUGUUGUUGGAAAGUGUUUCAGGAAAGAAAAAUAGCCAUGAAUUAUUUCAAAUCAAGGGAUUUUUUUUUUUAAAAGGAGAAUUUCCAAUUUUGGGAUUUUUUUUCCCGCUCCCUUUCUCCAGCCUGUUUUGUUUUCCCUACGUUUUGAUCAUUUUUUUUUAAAAAAAAAAAAGAGAGAGAAAAAGUUAGUAGCGGAGGAUGUUUGUGCGUUUAGGAAUAGAACUCUGUCCUAAAUAAACCCAGCCUUACGAAAUUCAGUGUUUUGUUCCUCGCAAAGACUCGCUUUGAACUCCAAAGCACUUCCAACUUUAGCAAACAAUAACCAAUCACGUCGA